AUGGCUAAUCCCUCGCACCCGCAAAAGCUUGUAUACCUGGCUCUCAAGGAUAUUUUCGAUGCAGACCCAGUCCCGCCUAGCACAUUGAAGUCGAUUCGCAAGAAAGUCGAGAAGAAUAGGGACGAUGUCAGACUCAGAAGUUUGGUCAGGGACUAUGGAGUUGAAAGCAUUGCCAACAUGGCAAAAGCACUGAUGGAUGACCAAGUCUUCCAAUCAGUCGCGAAGGCCCAAACACGCUUUCCAGGAGUUUUUACAACUACUCCACCUAACCAGUCUAAUCCACCUAUUCCCAUUGGACCCAAAGCUAUGGCAAGCAGUGCAGCGACCGUACAACGCGCAGGGAAUUAUAGCCCUGAAAGACUCCUGGGCAUCAGAGACGAGAUAAAGACCAGUCAGGGUAGUGACAAAACCGAGACCAAUCCUCAAAACCAACCGUUUGAUUGCAUAUCCCUACCACUCUGGGAUCAGCACCGACUCCUAGCUAAAAUACAAUACGCUCUCGAGAAAGCAUGUUUUACUUUUGCGCAGGAAAGACUGAGCUAUAUUCUGCAGAGCAAAGGGUGGGAUUGCGCAGAAGCAGUCGAACUCAAUCGAUGGUCGAAAGUCCUGCUCAACUGCCAACACGUAUUGAAUCCAGACACUGUGAAGAACAUUGGAAAGCCUUUACCCAGUCUCAUGGAUUGGGUUACGCAGCUCCGGCAUGAUGCCGUUCAUCGAGUCCACCUUUCUUCUAGCAAUCUUUUGCAGCGGAUAACUGCUGCUAUGCUGCUGGCACGGCUGCUACAAGACAACGAAUGUAGCAAACUGAUACUCAAUAUGCGGGAAAGGACCGAGGAUGCCUUACAAAAGCUCUUGCACAAUAAGCGAUUACUGGAUCACAAAGUGGCUGAGAUCAAGAAAGAGUUUGUACUUAAAAGAGCUGAGUUGGAGCGGCAAGAAGCCGCAAUGCUGGCGGCGGCCGUGAGUGAGCACAACGAGCCUUUCGUUUCUGUGAGCGAGAGUUUGGAGAUGGUAGCUAAGGAGCGUGGUAAUUCUGCUGGGAUACAUGCCCCGUGGAAACAUGGAUGCGAUGCAACUCUAUCUGGGAGCUCUCUUCCCGACGAUGAGUCUUCUGGGCUGAAAGAUAGUGCUGGAACGCAUGUAGAGGCUGCUACUACUGAAUCCGCUGCUAAGCCUGUAGCGACUGGAUUACCGCACGCGACUGAAGAGGAAACGAAGAAGGUUGAAGAGGAGAAGAUGAGAGCCGGGAAAGAACAAAAGUCGGAUUCUGCGAAACAAUCAGUUGAACAGCAGGAGGAACUGGGAGGUGAAGAAGCCGAGAAGGAAGAAAGUGCUGCCAGGUUUGAUUCUAGACAACAGAUGGGCAGCGGUGAUGCCAAACCAGUCAAUAGUGAACUCGAAAUGCUCAAUCGGCUGAUUGACCGAGUGGCACCACCAGUCAACAAUGGCUCAGUCGACAGUAAACCAACAAGCGAAGAACCUGUUCACAGCAAGCAAGUCGACGACGAGCUUGCAAAGGACAGACUAGUCGAAGAUGAGCUAGUCGAGACAGCCAUCAUCCACGAGCAUAAGGAAGCCGAGGAAGCAGGAUCCAAGGAAGGAAGACAUGGGGAAGAAGAUCAAGAGAAAGAGAAUGUAUCGGGUGGAGAGCCAUAUUUCGCACCACCAGAGCUUGAGCCUGGUAGUCAUGGUAGCGAUCUGGAGCGACUCUCGGAGAUUCCGUCGUUCGAAAUAGAGCCUGCGGUGACAGACAUCGAAGAGGUAGCCGAGCGAGCUGGUAGGGAGUCAGAGGUAGCAGAUGCUUCCCAGCCGGACGUGAAUCUCUCAGAGCACCGUGAAAAAUCUCAGUGUGAGCCUAGUCCAAACUAUUCUUCAACCCACGAAGGGAGACUGGAGGUCGAUGGCGCCGAUCAAUGUCACACAGAGUCGCCUGUUGGGAAAGUCUCACGCGCCGAACAGGAACUCAUGGAUCUCGAAACAUUGUGCGCAAUGCCUACUCCUGAUCAGGGAACGCCUCCAUCUGGAGCUGCAGAUAAUUCCCGUCAAGGAGUCGUUUGGCAAAGCUACCUCGGUGAUCUUCUGGGUUACGAUCCAUCAUGGAAAGCACUCUCAAAGGGUGUUGCCAAAGAGAAAGAAGACGAGUCAGCAGUCUUAGCGAAGAGGAAAUUUGACAUGAUUAUCUGA